UUGUUGUUUCCGUUUCGUUUCGGCGUCAGUUCACGGUUCGCGAUCGCAGAUCACUUAAAAAUGCUUACUGCUUACUGCCUACUGCCUACUGUUUAGUGAUUACAGCUUACCAUUCUUUCGGAAAACUUGUUUUAUAUGCUCCAAGUGUAUUCAAUUCAAACUCAAAUGAUCAUUUUAUGAUCAUGUUUUAUUACAUUGGGAUGUGACAUUUUUAAAUUGCUACGCACAAAUGAAUGAUAACCAAUCCGAUAAUUUGCAUUGCUGUGAAUAUAUUAAUAUGAACGAAGAAAAGUCUACUAUAAUAUCAGACCUUUGUAUUUGUCCACCAUUUGGAAACUGCUGUUCAAAUUUGUUAAAAUGUCCACCAUCUAGAGACAUAGAAAUAAAUGUUAUGGUGGCAAAUUUUCAAGAUCGAUUUAGAAUUCCUUGGCAGGGUGGAGCAAGACGCAUUUCUUUAGAUUCUGCAGUACCAUUACUUCUCUUUCCGGCUACUCUUUAUUUUGCUGCUUUGGGGUUUUGGCCAACUAUAUUAAUGUUUCCAUUGGUUACAUUUUUUCUCUAUUAUACUCAUCAUACUGUCCGCAAGUACAGAGUGGCUACAAAAUUUUUCUAUGUUUGGACAUUGACAUCAGCAUCAUUAGUGUUGAUUGUAUUCCAGUUUCUGGUUGUGCCCAUGUUAGAUAUAAACACUAAUGAGAAUAUUAUAAUUACAGUCACUAUGAUAGCCACAGCAGCUUGUUUCUAUUUUACCAAGAAACACGCAAUCAAAUCUCAUCUGAAAUAUGAUCUGGAAAUGACUAAUGUCAAUGAAACAAAUGAAAAUAUAGUUUUAAUAAACGAAAGUGAAAAUAUUCAAUGUAAUACUUGUAAAAGGAGUGUACCAUCCAGAACGUAUCACUGUUUUGUGUGUAAGACCUGUGUGAUCCAACAACAUAUACAUUCUUAUUGGAUAGACUGUUGCAUCGGAAAGCAUAAUAGGAAACCAUAUAUGGCAGGUCUGGUACUCGGUUCAGUUUUGUUUACAUUUUUAUCAAAUCUCAUUCUAACUACACUAUGUCAUCCUUUCAAUGUUUUUGCCACAAUCAUGUUACCCGAUGAUUGUAGUGAUGUAUAUUAUGAUAUUAUGUAUGGUAUUUGUUUUGUAUCUGGGCUGUAUUGUUUUGCAGUCGGAAUCAUUUUAUUUGUUAUGUUUAUCAAAGAUAUCUAUAUGGUUUCAUUAGGAAUAACUUACCACGAGUGGCAAGAACAAUGUAAAGAUUUUAAAGGUGAUUGCCGUUGGUUCUUAUCUAGGCAUAUUAUUAGAAAUGUAUUAUCAAAUUGGAAAGCAUUUUUCAAUAAUGUCUAAACUUUGAGUCUGAGUAUGACAUGUUUUUACGUUUUUCAUACAUUUAUUUUAUGCAUUACUUUUAUUAUAUUUAUAUAUAAA